GCCUGACUGGUGUAAAGUAGUGAGGAGGCGUCCGUCCAAACAGGAACUAACUGGGAAAACACACCGAAGUGAUGUAUUUGUGUGUCCCGACACACGGACACCUCGCUCCGCUAAACUACGAAUAAACAACCGGGCGGAUUCUACAAACUACUUUUCCUCCGUGUCGGAGGCCUCUGGGCGGCUCACGGUGAACUCCAGCCCGCAGUGAGCAGCGCUGUUUGGGGGCUGACGAGAGGAGGAAGGCGGUGGGGGGCUGUCACAGCAGCAGGCUAGGCUAGGCUAGGCUAGGCGAUUAGCACGCUAGGCUAACAGCUUCAGCCCCCAGAAAAGCCUGAACUUGGAGAAACUUUGUCAAAAAUCAGUCAAUUAAUCGGCUCCUCCGGAAACACCUGAGAACAUUAAAACAUCGCUAAUUUGCCGCCAAAACAAAGGUGUUAACCUUCCAGUGUUAGCAUUGCUAGUUAGCCAGCUAGUUAGCUAAUUAGCUCCCACCAGUGUUGUCAACACAUCCAGGCUGUGACAGCAGGGUGUAGCGGAGAGAAACACAUCCACUGUAACGUUAUCCACAGAGAUACUUAACUUCUACUUUAUGUUAAUGGGCAUGAAUUAGCAUUAGCAUAUUAAUUAGCACCAAGUUAUAUGCAGCUAAAGGCUGAGAAGGCGCCUGUCAGUGCUGUCUGAAACAUAAAUCUGUUUUAUGUCGGUGUGUUAUUGGACGGUGAUUUUCGGGCUGAGCUGAACUUUUAAUUUCUCCGUGCCGUGUGUAGUUAGCAUGGAGGCUCUGGAGCCUGGCAGCGGCAGCGGCAGCGGCUCGGAGCGGUUACAUAACGCCAGCAGGUCGAGGGAGAAGCUGCUGCACGUCGCCUCCUCCUCAGCCUCCUCAGCCCGGCUCUGACAGCUGUAAACUGCUCCGACAUCCUCCCCACCCUCCACCCACCCCCCCAAUAGACGGACGGACAGACAGACGGAGACAGAGACACAACACAACAACAAGCACACAGCAGCAUGGAGCAGAUCUGAGCCUGCAGGGACACAGAGACACAACACAGGACACAUUUCGCUCAAGAUGGAUUCAAACCCGCUGAUAAACGCCAUGGACCCCUCCAUCACGCUGUGGCAGUUCCUGCUCCACCUGCUGGAGGACCAGCGACAGCGUCACCUGAUUUCCUGGACAGGUGAGGACGGAGAGUUUAAGCUGCUGGACGCCGAGGAGGUUGCACGACUGUGGGGGCUCCGCAAGAACAAGCACAACAUGAACUACGACAAGCUGAGCCGAGCGCUGAGAUACUACUACGACAAGAACAUCAUAAAGAAGGUGAGCGGUCAGAAAUUUGUGUAUAAGUUCGUCAGUCAGCCCGACCCCUCCCUGUCUGAGGGGCUACGUACUGGAGAGGAGGGCCAGAGGAGGGACACCACUGACCCCAACAGCCAAUCAAAAGGCAUCGGGGGCGUGGCCUCAAACUGUCAAUCAAAGGGCUUACCCCAGCGUUCUUCACCCAGCGGCCCCCAGAAAAGUUCUCGUAACGACUACAUGAAGUCCGGCCUCUACUCCACCUUCACCAUCCAGUCACUGCAGGCCUCACCCAACCCACGGCCAAUCAAAACAGAGCUGCUGCUACAGCAAGACCCCGCCCCCAAGCUCGACCGCACGCCCAGAGAGGUCUGUGUGUUAUCAGAGUCUAAGUCCUCUCCGUCAUUGGGUGGAGCUGUUGACUCUGCUCUCCAGGUGAUUGUCACUCAGCCGUCUCCGUGUCCGACUCCGGCUCUCAGCCCCCAGAUACCAGUCAACACCACCAGCCAAUCACAGAAUCCUCCUGCACCUCCUCUGAGUGACCCUCCUCAGAUUUAUCUCACCAGCGUCACGGACCCAUCCUCCCUCACCCCCCUCAUCCCCCUGGGUCCUGUUGGGGGGUCGGUGAGUCCGGCGCCUCCCCCCCACGUACCAAUGGGCCCCCAGGGGCCUCAGCAGGACGACUGUGGGGGAGUCAACAACCCGGCCAGCUUUCCCCCUCACCCCCACACUGCUUCUCAUCCCCACACUGCUCCUCACCCCCACACUGCUCCUCACUCUCACACUGCUCCUCACCCCCACACUGCUCCUCACCCCCACACUGCUCCUCACCCCCAUACUGCUCCUCAUCCGUCUCACCCUCCACCUGUCUUCGUCAUCAUCAACCCCCCUCCCACCCAGCAGCAGCAGCAGCAGCAGCAGCCGCAGCAGCCGGCGGCUGUGGUGGCUCCUCCUCCCUCUGUUCCUCCCCCUGCACGUCCUCCUCCCCCACCAAUCGUCAUCAAGGAGGAGACCCAGCCAUCAGAGGAGGACUUGCUGGAGAUGGUGUCCAUGGGGGAGAAACAGGUGGAGCAGGUCCCUCAGCUGGUCUGUGGCCCGGGGGAUCCAGAGCCCCCCCUCACCAUCGUGGAGAGCCCACCCCCUCCCUGUAUGGAGCCGGGAGUCGGAGGUCAGCAGCCUGCAGGGGAGGGGGAGGGCAAGGACACGCUAACAGAUCCCUCCGUCCUUCCAGUGACCUCCUCCUCAGCGGUGACCUCUACGGUGACCUCAGAGGCUGCUCCUCCCAAACCAAAGAAGCCGCGGGGCCUGGAGCUGCCCUCCUCUCCCUCCCUCCCCCCAGGCCUCUCCCUGGAUAAGGUGAAUGCAGCUGUUAACAGUUUAUUGGCUCCCGGAUCGGCGACCAACACGCUCACACCGACUGUCAUCACCUCCCACGCUCUGACUCCGGUCCUGCUGACUCCCAGUCCUCUUCCCUCAACCAUCCACUUCUGGAGCACACUGAGUCCCAUCGCUCCGCGCUCCCCGGCCAAACUCUCUUUCCAGUUUCCCACUAACGGCAGUAAUCAGAUCCACAUCCCGGCUCUGAGCGUCGAUGGUCUCUCCACCCCCGUGGUUCUCUCCCCCGGCCCCCAGAAACCCUGAGCUUCCUGCCCGCCUCACACAGCUCCUCACCGGGCUCAGGACUCACAUCGCCUCCCGUAGGGUCGGAGGACAACUGGAUCUGGGACUCUCCACUCAAACCAGGAACCACGUAGUUUUUGGGCGCUGUCGCCUGACUGGUAAGACUGGUAAGACUGGGAGAUUUGGUGGUUUAUGGGGACCUUUUACUGGUAGAAUAUUCACAGCUGGAGAAUCUUCGUCCAAAACAGACUGAAGUCCCAGUUUGGUGAACGCUGGAGACGCCGCAGCCUCUGAACUCCUCUGCUGAUAGAUUGCUGAUAUAUUUUAAAGAUGCAGGUGGAUGUCUGGGCUUCAUCCUCCUCUAACCCUCAUUUCUUUCAGAGGUUUCAUAGCGGCGCUCAAAUGCCGUGACGGGGUCGUGGAAAAAACGGAACGCAUCUGGAGAAGCCAACAGAAAAGAAAUCACGUGACGACAGAUGAGGUGGAGGGAUUCCUCUUCUUCUUCUGCUGAAGGCUGCAACCACCAACAAGACUUUAGGACAAAGAUAGUUUUUAACAGACGUGACUGUUCGUCUGUGAACAACAGAAAAAGAUUUAUUUUGAGAUAAAAUGGAGAAAAGCAGCAAACUGGAAAAACACUGAUUUAAUAUUGUCGGACUCACUGAAGAGCUUCAGGCCAGUGAGACGCCGCUUCCUGUCAGUUUGUCACAUCUUUAAAUGGAGGUUCGACCUGAGCCUCGUUAAUAUUCAUGAGGAAACUUCUGGAGACGCAGAUUUAUCUCACAUCUUCUUUUCAGGGUUUUUUUGCUCGUCAUCGUCUGUUUUUUUUAAAACGUGGUUAUUUAUUUCUGUUUCUCUGCAGAUUGUUUAAAAUGACUCGGCAUCGUGGCUCCUGACUGUCGAGGGCGCGCUUGAUUUGAUGACUCCCUGAUGACUUUUACUCGUUUUAUAAACCUCUGACGGAUCCCUUCAGACUUUAAGGGCCAUUUAAGGGUUUUUGCUUCGCUCUUAUUGGCCGCUUUUGUAAAGGCCACGCCUUUCUCCAGUUAUGCAUGGCCUGUUAUUGGACUGAACUCCUCAGCAUUAUUUUUGAACUGACCAAUCACAGAGGAGGGAUGGUGAUGGUGAUGAUGAUGGACCUGAGCUGCAGGCGCUCAGAGAUUUUAAACAGCCAAGUUCUUUCUCUGUAAAAGUUCCUGUGUGUGACAGAUUGUAUAUUUUCUGCAGGAGAACAGAGAGUUUAUUAGUCACAUUCCUUCGGCUCUAACGCGCUGACAGAGGGGUUCGUUUUACUGAUUAAUCUCUGCUAAUCAUUUUAGUUUCAGCGUUCAUUCCAGACCUAAUGUAGAUGUUUGUUGAGCAGCUCUGAUGAAUGUUUUGUUCCUGAAAGCCUCGGACUCAUGGUGUUGUAACUCUGCAGUGAUGUUGCCACAAGUUUUUAUGAGAACAAUCAGAUUCAUUCAGACGCCACAGUUCAGUUAAAGACUUUUGAACACUUCGAAAAAUACUUUUCAGCUUCUGUGUUUCAGUUCGAGUGUGACUCGUCGUGGACUCUGUAAAGUGGCUUCUCAUCAUUUGGACUUUCACAUUAAUGUUCCUCAUGGUUUUGUUCACGUGACGGCACAUCAGGUCAGGUCAGAAAAAUGCGCACACUGUGUUUGUUUACCAGAAAGUUCUUCUGUUUUUUGAUUUGACGAGAGGAGGCAUGACAGAGUUAGUCUGUCUGUAGAAAACUAAAACUGCACCAAUAUGGCAACAUGUCGGGUACAGCCCUGGUGCAUGGCUAACGUCACAACAGUCAAAGAGAAUGUAUUAAAUGGUCCUAAGUGGCCUUGCUUUAGAAAAGUCAACAGCGUCAAGGAAAAAUGCAUGUGAGACGCUAAUACGCUAAAACACUGAAAAAUAUGGAAAUGUUUUUGUUAUCUAAACUUCUUUUUUUAAAUUUUAUUUGCGGUCAGAGUGCAGAAUUGAAAAAUUCAAACGAUCCCCAACCCUGACGCCACAUUUAUGGAAAGAGGUGCACGCUCUGAGCGCCGUAUUUGGAGACUCUACCCAGCUCUUUUUAUCAAAUGGCAACUAAACCGUUUCCCUGACAACCGACGGCAAGAUGUGGUCGAAAGCUUCAGAAUAGGUUGUGAAGUGAACCUGCAGCACUCUGACCAAUAAGAAUGCCUCCUGACAGCUGACCUGCGUGCAGCUCAUUCGCCGUGCGUCACUGACGCUCCUCUGACAUUUUAAACUUGUGGCAACAUCAUCGUCAUCCUGCACACGCCCAAAAAAACAGCUGCAGUUUUUACAAUACACAAAGUGACGCUGUCAUGUGUCACGGUUCUCCUAAAAAGACUGUUGUUGUUGUUGUUGUUGUUGUUGUUGUUGAUUCUGAUGCUAGCUGAGCUCUGUGGUUGCCACGGUAACCUGACCCGACUGUUGUUGCUGCCUUGCAGGUUGUUGUUAUUGUUGUUGUUGCUGCGGAGCGUCUGAAGCUCCUCCCUGUGAUGACGCUGUUAACGUGUUGCAACGCUUCUGUGUGUGACGACGAGGCUGCUGAUACACACACACACACACACACACACACACACACACACACUGGACCAUCAGGAGCUGAGUGACGCUGAUGUUGUUUAUUAGCUUUAAUCUGUAAAAAUAACAUAAUAUAUAAUAUUGUCAGCACGCUGCAAAAAGUCCAGACAAGCCAAAAACAAAGAUCUUUAGUUUCAGAAGAAUUAUUUUAUCUUUUAUCAGGAUUAACAUUCAAACUGUACAAACUGUACAAACAUGUAGAAACAUGUAGAAACAUGUUCUGACUGACUGCAUGGCUUCAGAGGAGAAACAGUCAGACACUGGUCCGUGUUACCAGACGCCACGUGCUGCACGGUGUUACUUAACAGCGUUUGGCACGUCCAGGACGACGUACACGUCACACGCUACUGUGGAAAAGUUCGUAAUCUGCUGCCACAGAAGUCAACGUGAUCCUGUCCGCUGUGUGAGAGGACUCAUCUGUACGUCUGAAUGAAAGUCCUCUUCACAAACACAUGUUCCAGGUAUCGUCAGAAUGAAACUCAUGUUGGAUAUGAUCGACACAAAACAUAGAAGAUUUGAGUUUU